GUAAUCGAUUCAGACUUAUGGAAUGGACUACUGCAUCACGAGGAUGAAUUGAAUGGUGUCGAGAAGGAGAUGAACGAGGUUGUUGAAGAUGUGAGAGUGGGGUGUGCACAGCAGUUGGAACUACGGAGUAACUUCAAUCUGAUUCUGAAAGAGUUGCACGAGCAGGUGAAGGGCUGGCAGACGAUGCUAGACGAUCUGGAGAGUGCGGAGGCUGGCGAGAAGUAG